GUGGAGACUUGAGCUUGCACAGGCUGGACGCUCAGCUCUUAACCCAAGCACCCCCGAGCCCCCCGGCUCCGCGAGGCAAAGGGCUGAGGGCGGCGGGGAUCACCUCCACCUGCUCGAACCAGCCUGGGGCUGAGGCCAAGUGGAGCUGGAGGGCCAGGGCACCGCAGCUACAGGAUGAUAGGCUCCACUGCAACCAGGCUCGGCGUUCGGGGGCUCCAGGGGCAACAGCAAGGAGCUGGGGAGCCUAGGGACUAGUGCCCUGUGAAGCAGCUGACCCGGGGCUGGCCGGGAGCGAAUAUUGUAGAAAAAAUGUACACCAGUCAUGAAGAUAUUGGGUAUGAUUUUGAAGAUGGACCAAGAGAAAAGAAGACACAUCAACCUAACCCCAACGUCGAUGGAGGAUGGGCUUGGAUGAUUGUCCUUUCCUCUUUUGUGGUGCAUAUCCUCAUCAUGGGGUCGCAGAUGGCACUAGGUGUGCUGAACAUAGAGUGGCUUGAAGAAUUCCAUCAAAGUCGAGGCUUGACUGCCUGGGUUAGCUCCCUCAGCAUGGGGAUCACGCUCAUCGUCGGACCUUUCAUUGGCUUGUUCAUUAACACAUGUGGCUGCCGCAAGACUGCCAUCAUUGGAGGGAUGCUGAAUGCCCUGGGCUGGGUCCUGAGUGCCUAUGCCACCAACGUGCAUUAUCUCUUUAUCACAUUCGGAGUGGCGGCCGGGUUUGGCAGCGGUAUGGUCUAUCUCCCUGCGGUAGUCAUGGUGGGACAGUAUUUUCAGAAGAGAAGAGCCCUAGCUCAGGGGCUUAGUACAACCGGGACAGGAUUCGGUACCUUCCUCAUGACCGUCCUACUAAAAUAUCUCUGCUCAGAAUAUGGAUGGCGAAGCGCAAUGUUCAUCCAAGGGGCCGUCUCCUUGAACCUCUGCGUUUGCGGAGCACUCAUGAGACCUCUCGCUCCCAGUGAGACCCAAAGCAAGAAAAUCCUUAAGAGCAAAGGUGGGGAGAGGGAUCUCAAACUCCCUCUGUCCCAUUCAACGGAGUCCAUAAAAUCGAAUGGGCACUUAAACAAAGCAGAAGAGAGAGAGGACGGGCCAGUGAAGGAGGAAAUGCUCAGUAAUACCCCAAGCCCGGAAAGCAAAGGCAAAGACAAAGUUCGACUUGGAAAGAAUAUGUACGUUCUCCGUGUUCUUAAGCUAGUGAGCCGAUUUACCAUUAGAAUCCGGAAGGGCUUCUGGGACUGGUACUCCAGUUAUUUUGGAGCUGCGUCCCUGUUUACAAAUCGGAUGUUCGUAGCCUUUAUUUUCUGGGCUCUUUUUGCCUAUAGCAGCUUUGUCAUUCCAUUUAUCCAUCUCCCAGAAAUAGUCAAGCUGUACAAUCUGUCUGAACAAAACGAUGUUUUCCCCUUGACCUCAAUCAUAGCAAUAGUUCAUAUCUUUGGAAAAGUGAUCCUUGGAAUUGUGGCUGACCUGCCCUGCAUCAGCGUUUGGAAUGUCUUUCUGCUGGCCAACUUGAGUCUCGUCAUCAGUAUCCUUAUUCUGCCAUUGAUGGACACCUAUGCUAGCCUGGCAGCCAUGUGUGCCCUGAUAGGCUUUUCUAGUGGCUAUUUCUCCCUCAUGCCCGUGGUGACUGAAGAUCUGGUGGGCAUAGAAAACCUUGCAAAUGCCUACGGCAUCAUCAUUUGUGCCAAUGGAAUAUCUGCCUUGCUGGGACCACCAUUUGCAGGUUGGAUUUACGACAUCACUCAAAAAUAUGAUUUUUCCUUCUAUAUAUGCGGCUUGCUUUACAUGGUGGGAAUGCUCUUUUUACUCAUCCAGCCUUGUAUCCGACUAAAGGAACAGCCAAGAAAAAAAUACAUAGAAGGCACGCAUGUUUAGUGCCGCUUGAAAUGGAGCUCUCGGCACCCCGUAGCUGGCCAAAAGAACAAAGGUAUCUCAUUUGGGAUACUCCUCCGGCGGGCGCUGUUCUGACUGCCAGCUGGGUUUAUGCAGAUGACAUGAUACAUCAAAAGGGCGCUAUUCAAGAAUUUCCAGAAACAUUCUCAUAAAAGCAAAUACCUUGUGGCACAUAGGGCCCUCAGAGCUCACUUGUUUAAAAAAGAGAGAAAAAGAAAGUUUAAAAAAAACCACUUCAUUACAAUCACUUCCUUUGUGAGCUGGGAAAAAAAAAAGGAAGAAAAAUUUAUCAGACUACUUACCAUAAGCAGGCUGAUAAAUUGGUUUGUAAGCACAAGACUGCGGCUACAUUUCUGAACCAACUCCUACCUGUAGAGCAUUGCUAAUGUAUCAGUGUAAAAUAAAACUGGCAUAUGCUUAAGAUUCAAGUAGUUUUAUACAACUUAAAAAUGUUUCUAUAAUAAAGAAAUGAAUGCAAUUUAUAUUUUUCUCAUGAAAUUCUGAAGAUUAUAAUAUUAUCACUCACAAAAAUGAUCUUGAUACAUUUUCAGUAGUCAUAGGCAACUAGUGAACCAAGGGCUAUUGCAUUUAGGCACUUUGAUUCUGAUAAUGCCUGUCUCUGAUUUAAGGGCAAAACUUUGGGUCAAUAAAAACUGGGAGUGGGGGGGAGAGUGUGUGGGGCAGCCAGUGUCAUGGUUUCCUUGUACAUAAAAUGUAGAAUCCCUUAUGACCGUCCCAAAAGGACUGCUGUGAAGAUAAACUGUUAAGUCUUUGAAAAACUCCUUGUCAACACAGUAUGGCAAAAAUACUGACAUGCAGUGAUAAACUGAUAAGUUAUACAUGUGUGCCCCUUUAAAACGGGCUAGCUCUUCAUUCUGGUGAUUCCCAUUACCAAGCAGAUAAUCCAUUUACUUGUAUUCCCAACAGUUCUGUAAGUAGUUCUGUCGACAGGCUUCUGAACAAAGGAGCUGCUGUAUAUGACAUUGGAUUAGGCUCUUCCUGAAUCAUCAGACUGUAAAGCUACAAGGUACCUUGCCAGCCAUCCAGCCCAGAAGCUUUAAACUGCCUUCUGUGAAUCCCUGGUGUUGGUUGCACACAAUAUAAAUAGAGGUACCAUGGUAAAUCUUGAAUGCUGGUGAUAUUUUUCCCUUUAAAAUACUCAAUAUGAUACCAUGUUUGUGUCCAAAAUACUUACUAUGUAUGGCAUUUGGGGUGUGAGAGGGUAUGAAAAUGGGAUUAAUUUCCUUUUUUGUCCUAAAAUUUCCCUAAGCCCCUUUUAUCCUAGAGCAGAUUCCCCACCCCUAUCCUGGAGAUGAUCUAAAUGGCAACUGAGUUUUAAGAUGAAGGCCAAAACACUAGACUAUUAAGAGAAAAUAAGUCCAAACUCAGAUCCGCUCAUUUGCCAAUAGUUAUAUGUUUGGAAAAGACAGUUCCAUCUCCUGCUUUUGGAUGGUCUUUUAUGGGUUCUGUCAAUACAUUUCAAGGCAAGUGUUCCAUGAUCAAAAUUGUUUGGCAAACACUCAUCUAAUUCAACCCUCUUAUUUGAUAAGUGAGGAAACUGAAGUCCAGAGAGCAUAGAUAGAUAGGUGACUUAAUCAAAGCCACAAACCUAAUUAAGAGCAAAACUGGGACUAGAUGUGAGAUAUCCUGACUUCCACUCCACUGCCUGUUGUCCUAUAUACCACACUGCCCUCAAAAACCAAUUUUUUUAUAAGUCAAAUCUUUGUCGGAUUGCAGAAUGCUCCAAAAAACAUUUUGGAAAUUUCUGGCUGCCUUAAUUGUUUAUGUAUAGCUUAGAACUGUAUAAUAUUUCUACUAAAAUGUUUCCCAUUACAUAAUUAUUUCAGUUCCUCAAGGCCUGAGAACAGAGUGAAAUGUGUCUAAGGUACCUAAAUCUUGCUCAUUCAUGGUAAUAUAAUACAGAAAUAGCUUCGAGAAUAUAUAUACAUAUAUGUGUGUAUACACACAUAUAAAUAUAUAUUUAUA